GACCCGUGUACACGUAUAAAAAGUGCAGAACGGAGAACACACAGGCGAUUGUUCAGACAAUUUGUGAUUAGGUCUCAGACUGCAGCACAAUGAAGGCUCUGGUGUUCCUUCUGCUCCUGGUGGUCGUCACUGCAAAACAAUAUGACCGGUGUGAUCUGGCAAGAGCCAUGAAAGCCAACGGCAUGGCUGGGUAUCGUGGCAUCAGUCUGGCUAACUGGGUUUGCUUGGCCAAGCAUGAGUCUGGCUACAACACCCAAGCCAUCAACCACAACUCUGAUGGAUCGACCGACUACGGAAUCUUCCAGAUCAACAACCGCUGGUGGUGUAACAAUGGGAAAUUCCACAGCGCUAACGGAUGUAAAAUCUCCUGCAGUCAACUUCUUACGGAUAACAUCUCACAAGCUGCCGAGUGUGCCAAGAUCAUAGUGAGACAGCAGGGCAUUACUGCAUGGGUGGCAUGGCGUAAAUACUGCAGGGGUCGUGACGUAAGCUCAUACGUUGCAGGCUGUGGAGUUUAAACAAAAUCAUGAAAUGACCAGUGCAUCACAUAAUGUGUAAUACAAUUAAAACAAAUCAGUGGUCAUGAUGAUAUCUAAUAAUGCAUUAAGAAAAGAAAUCAGUCGGUAGAUCAUAGACACUAAUUACUCAGAGCUCUUUGUAAAUCUUCUAGCAACAUUGACAAAACGCAAAUAAAGCAUCUAAAUACA